GCAGCUACACAAACUGGUGGAAACUUUUCCCCACAGCAACUGUCAUUGUCUUUUGGCAUUGGGCAACAUUUUAAUUGAAAAAGUUUCUGGCGAGAGCAGCGAAGAGAAGAGAUGACUGUGAAAUUGGCCAAGCUGUUUGGGUCUGGAGUCGAGGUCCUGGACCAGCAGCAGCAGCAACAGGAGCAACAUAUCCAGCAGCAACAGCAACAACCGCUGGUAGCACAGCAGCAGCAACCGCCGCCUCUGCCGCCUCCAAAUGCGAAUAUGAAGAGCCUCAAGUAUUACGAGCAUCUGCAGGCCACCUACGACUGCCAUCUGAUGGAUCACGACCAGGAUCAGGAUCAGGAUCAGGACGACUACGAGGACACCUGCAUGCAGCGCAAUCAUCCGUACAACAAUUCACAGCGACCCCUGCUGGGGGAUCGGCGACCCCAGCUGACGGUGAUGAGUGUGGUGAAAAAGGGGGGUGGUGGCGGCGGUGGCAAGUCGGGGGUGCCACUGCCCCCUCUGCCGCCCCUGAGGAGCUACAUCUCACCCUAUGUGCAGCAACAGAAGCGGGACAGUGCCAAGGGGCUGCACGGGUUCAACGAUUUCGAUGCCCUUUCGCAGCAGUAUAAUCAGCAUUUGCAGAGCAGUCCGCACAUCGGCUAUCCCUACGGCAGUCCCCCCUCGCCGACGGCUCAGUCGAGUGACUUCUGCUUCGAUCGACAGACGACGGGAUUGGUCAGGGGAACCUCCGCCUCGGUGGGCAAUCAGCAUCAGGUCAUCUCGAGCAGCUCGAGCAACUGCAGCAGCUCGCACACCACAUCCACCUCCUCGCCCACCCGUUAUUAUCCGGAUAAUUCGGGGAAUAUCGCCAGCCUGUAUCCUAGCCGUUUCGAGGAUGAUUUUUGCAUGCGUCGUCCUGUCGUCCAGUUGGAUGGGUCGCCAGGAGGAGGAGGUGGAGUGGGAGUAGCAGGUGGACCCUUCAUCUUUGGCAUUGCCCCGGAGGAACAGUUGACGGACUAUGGAAGCAAUCCACUGCCACCGACGCCGCCGCAGCUGAAGCAACAACAAUCUGUGAUUAGCCGAAGUCCCUUGCAACAAUCGCUGAGCGACACAAGUGCCGCCAGUAGUGGCAAGGGCUCCAAAUUCUUACUGCGUAAGCGUAAAUCAAAGAAGACAACCGCAGCAGCCGCAACAACAACAACAACGGCAGCAGCUGAGGCCGCAACAACGGCCAAAAAGGGUGGCAAAAAGGAUGCUGCCCCCUCACAGCCGUCGAUCAAGUGCGUUUUGGUGGGUGACGGGGCCGUGGGCAAGACGAAUCUGAUCCUGUCGUAUCUGGAGAACCGCUUCAACACGGAGCACAUACCCACGGCCUCGGACAUUUACAAUGCCGAUGUGAAUGUGAACGAGAGUCCGGUGCACCUGACCAUUUGUGAUACCGCCGGCCAGGACACCCUGGAUCCGCUGAGGGAGCUCUGCUAUCCGGACAGCGACGUCUUCCUGCUCUGCUUCUCGGUGGUGAAGCCGGAAACGUUUCGGGCCAUCAAGGCCAAAUGGGCGCCCAAGUUUGCCAAGACCAAGGCCGCCCUGAUUUUGGUUGGCACCCAGGCCGAUCUUCGCACCAGCCCGAAUGUCCUCAACAAACUGCAGACAAAUGGCGAGAAAGCAAUUUCAUAUGCAGACGCCUGGGAUUUGGCAACAACAAUUGGCGCAAAAUACAUUGAGACUUCGUCAGCCACACAGGACAAAGUCAAGGAUGUGUUCGACACAGCCAUUUGGGAGGGCCUCGUGCCCACCACCCUGCCGCCCACGCCCUCCUUCUGGAGGAAGCUCUUCUGCCUGGCCUGAAACUCGAAACUGAAGAUCAACCCAACUCUCAACACACACUCGAUUUAUUAUAAUUUUUAUUUUUUUUGGAUAUAUAACCAUUAUUUAUAUUAAAGAUUUUUUUUAGAGAUUUUCGUUUAGCAGUGCUUGCACACAGACUGAUCUACACAUAAACUAAAGUAACAUAUACAUUUAGAUUUUAAACAAGAAAAUUAUAAUGCUUAAUGCCUAAUCGUAUAGAUUUCAUCACUUUACUCGUAAACAUGUUCGUGGUUUUCUCUCAUCGCCUUCUUUUUUGUUUUAUUAUAAAACCUAAACUAUUUAAGCCUUAUUAUCGCCCAGAUCCACAACUAUGUUACAUCAUUCCAUCCAUUUUUAAGCAUUACGUUUUAAGCAAAUAUUUCAAAUAUUGUAUAUCGAAGGCAGCAGUAAAUAUAGUAGCAAAACAAAUCCACCAAUUCUGGAUUGAAU